GCCGAGACAGCCAGCCCAGUGCCUGCCAUGGAAGCCGCAGAUGCCCCCCAGAGCAACGGGGCUGGCCCUGAAGCCAGGGAAGCUGGUAGCCCUCCAGGCCCCGCAAGCAGCCUGGAGAACGGGGCCAAGGCUGACGGCAGAGAGGCCCAGGCCACCAACGGGCAUGCUGGGGAGGUAGCUGAGGGCAAGAGCCUGGGUGGCGGCGCGAAACUGGCUGAGGGGAAGAGCUCCCUGUUCCUGGGGGGCGACUGGCGGCGGCCCAUCAUCCAGUUUGUGGAGUCCGUGGACGACAAGGGCCCCAACUACUUCAGCAUGGACUCCGGGGAAGGCAGGAGGUCCCCCUACGCCGGCCUCCAGCUGGGGGCUGCCAAGAAGCCACCCGUCACCUUUGCGGAGAAGGGGGAGCUGCGCAAGACCGUCUUCUCGGAGCCCCGGAGGCCCGCCGCGCCCGUGCCUGCGCCCGCUCUGGAGCCCGGCGACAGCCGCAGGGCCAGCUACCCCCGGGCGGACCUGGGCCCCCUCCUGCGGGCCAGGCCAGGCUCUGAGGAGGUCCUGUGUGACUCCUGCAUCGGCAACAAGCAGAAGGCUGUCAAGUCCUGCCUGGUGUGCCAGGCCUCCUUCUGCGAGCUGCACCUCAAGCCCCACCUGGAGGGCGCUGCCUUCCGUGAUCACCAGCUGCUGGAGCCCAUCGGGGACUUCGAGGCCCGCAAGUGCCCCCUGCAUGGCAAGACGAUGGAGCUCUUCUGCCAGACGGACCAGACCUGCAUCUGCUACCUUUGCAUGUUCCAGGAGCACAAGAAUCACAGCACCGUGACCGUGGAGGAGGCCAAGGCGGAGAAGGAGACCGAGCUGUCACUGCAGAAGGAGCAGCUGCAGCUCAAGAUCAUUGAGAUUGAGGAUGAAGCUGAGAAGUGGCAGAAGGAGAAGGACCGCAUCAAGAGUUUCACCACCAACGAGAAGGCCAUCUUGGAGCAGAGCUUCCGCGACCUGGUGCGGGACCUGGAGAAGCAGAAGGAGGAGGUGCGGGCCGGCCUGGAGCAGCGGGAGCAGGACGCUGUGGGCCAGGUGAAGGUGAUCGUGGAUGCCCUGGAGCAGAGGGCCAAGGUGCUGCACGAGGACAAGCAGACCCGGGAGCAGCUGCACAGCAUCAGCGACUCGGUGCUGUUUCUACAGGAAUUUGGUGCAUUGAUGAGCAAUUACUCCCUCCCCCCGCCCCUGCCCACCUAUCACGUUCUGCUGGAGGGGGAGGGCCUAGGGCAGUCGCUCGGCAACUUCAAGGAUGACCUCCUCAACGUGUGCAUGCGUCACGUUGAGAAGAUGUGCCAGGCAGACCUGAGCCGCAGCUUCAUCGAAAGGAGCCACGUGGAGAACGGGGCCGACCAUCGCUACAUGAACAGCUACACCAACAGCUACGCGAGCGGGCACGAGUGGAGCACGCCCGACGCCAUGAAGCGGUACUCCAUGUACCUCACACCCAAGGUGGGAACCAGGACGUCAUACCAGCCAGUGUCCCCUGGCCGCCUCUCCAAGGAGAUCAACCAGAAGAACUUCAAUAAUCUCUAUGGCACCAAAGGUAACUACACGUCCCGGGUGUGGGAGUUCUCCUCCACUGUGCAGAGCCCCGACGACCUGCCCGCAGUCCAAGGCAGCUCCUCCUUCUCCCUGAAAGCAGGUGCUGGGAGAUUCCCCUCUCAGUUCACCACCUUGGGACAGGCCACCACAGAGCUUCCCAAACCAUUGGACACCAAUGGGCUGUUUAAAAAUAAUUCUGGAUAUCCCUCCCUCAUGAGGAGUCAGAAUCCCAAGGUCCAGCCCCAGACUUGGAAAUCCGGCAAGCAGAAUCUGCUGUCUCACUACCGGCCAUUCUACGUCAACAAAGGCAGUGGGAUUGGGUCCAACGAGGCCCCGUGAGUCCCAGGCAGGCGGGAAUGAGGCGGUGCUGUCCCUGCCCUCCCAGCUGACCCUGCUGCUCUUGCUACUGUUCUCAUCUGCGUUGGAGGAAGACUGGUCCUGUGCCUGCUGUCCCCCAGCCCUCUGCAGCCUCUCAGGGCUGCCCUGGCCUCGCCCCACCUUCCCCAUUAGCCACUCCAUCCAGGCCACUCUCCUGUGAGAAGCUUCUAAUGGUCACUAUCUCUGCUGUGCUCAGAAGCCAAGCAUUACAGGGGUGGGAGACCAAGGGCUUCUCUCCCCCAACCCACUACCUUUCUCUUCAGUGGGACCACUGGGGCUAGCAAGGGAUGCCCACCUCUCUUGCCCACGUCCUUGCUGUCUUCAGGCCUGUUGGCCAUUUCUCUCCAAGGACCCUUAGCCCGUGCUGCAGUCAGUAGGUGCCCAGCCACGACAGCUGCUCAUUUCCCAUCUUCAUGAGCCCAUAAGGGAGCCUGGCUGUUUGUGCUCUGCCCUGGGCUGCCUACCAAUGCCCAGCCUGCAGCCCACGGCUUCCACAGGGAAGCUUCCCACUGUCUUGGAAGCAUCCUUCCCAGUCUUGGGUCUCACCACAUCCACCGAAUCCGCAGCCCCUGAGGACUGCCCUCCUGCUGGCGGGUGCCUUAGCAAAACGUCACUUCCUCUCCCUGCUGAGAUGAGAAGUUCCCGUGGCACCAGUGAAAGUCCUACUGGUCCAGCUGCCCUGAGGGAAAUAUCACUUACCUAUAGCAUCUCACUCGUUUUAUGAUUUUGAAUUCCCCUGAAAGUGAGCAUGGCAGUGAGAGUGUGGCUGGGCUGGUAACCACAGUGCUAUUUAAUGAGGUGCCUUUUGCACUGCCCCACCUCCACCCCUGCCCAGCACAGCUCCCCUCUGCCUGCCCUCUGUAGCGUGUUGUCAUGGGGCUCAGGGCCUGGAGAGGAGACCACGCCAGGAGCAGCAAGGUGGGGCAUUCUUCUCAGCCCCUCCAGGCCAUGGGGCUGUGAGAGCUGGGCCUCCAUGCAGGGGAGGGAGAGGGAGGCUCUCCUCAGCUCCCCAAUAAACCGCCGAUCACCUGC